GCUCAGGUCAUGUGACACUAGAGGGGACACAGGAGGAAGUAGCAGAGCUUAGGGCUAUGGUAGGAUGGAGUGACCCAGUCUGAGCUGCUCACUGCUGGGUUACCAUGGAGCAUGGAGCUGCUUCAUCUUCACUGCUCCCAGGGCGCAGAUACUGUAUCUACACCAGCUGUUACUGUGAAGAAAAUGUCUGGAAGCUGUGCGAGUACAUCCGUGAUCACCAUCCUCAUAUCCUGGAGGAAUUUUCUGCCGUGUUCAUAUCCAAUCUAAACAAAACGAUCCCGAUCUGGGAGCAGAAGAAUGGAGCAGUUGAUGAACCUGUUGUAUGGGAUUACCACGUUGUGUUGCUGCAUGCCUCCAGAGGUCAGACGUGUAUUUAUGAUCUAGAUUCUGUGCUGCCGUUCCCCUGUUCUUGUUCUAUGUAUAUACACAAGGCACUCAGGACCGACCUCGAGUGGAAUCCUCAGUAUCAAAGGCGUCUGAGAGUCAUUCGAGCAGAUGAGUUUCUGAGAACAUUUGCUUCUGAUCGAUCACACAUGAAAAACGCCAGGGGCGACUGGACAAAACCACCACCAAAUUAUCCAUACAUUAAAACAGCAGAAGCAUCUAUGAACCUGGAUGAUUUCAUCAGUAUGAACCACGAGGUUGGAUGGGGUACAGUGUACACAAUGGCAGACUUCUCAAAAGCAUUCGGCCGUGUUUGACGUAGGAUUCUUUUAUGGAAUUUACAAUAGUCUAUGAGGAGAUCAAACAAGGUUUUGUUUGCUGCAGUUUCCGAUGUGCAUAAUUGAUUCAUUCUGAAAGGUGUUUUUUACUCAGCUGAACUGCAUUCGCAAGCCAUGGAAAAUAUCAUUAACAUGGUACAGAAACAAAAAAAAAUACCUUUUUUCACCAGCCUCCACCAUUCCUACUACUUUGGAUAAAAUUAAACAUGAAACCUCAACAUUUGUGAAUUUUGUAUGACCCAAUUUAAUACGUUUUGAAAAAUAAACAA